AUGCGUUCGGCCGCGGUCGCCGGCUUGUGCCGGGUCUCGACCAAUCGCGCGGUGCUGUUCGUUUUAUGCCCAUAUAAGGUAAUGCCACGGGACGGGCGGAAGAUAGCGGUGCAUCGGGCGAGUCCAUCGGACGCCGGCGCCGUAGCCGGGGCAGCGUACCACGGUCGGCGUGCACUGUGCACCACCCGUCCCCGGCCCAUCGGCGCGCACCGUUACCGAUCCCACCGAAUCGACGGCAAUGGAUUUGUCCGGCAGGAUGCACACCGGCCCCGGACCGUUCGGCCACUUUACGAAAAACUUCCGUAA